AUGUCAUUUUUAAGAGAUAUAUUUGAAACCAUAAUUCCAUCUGCAUAUGCUGAUGAACCAGCUGAUGAAACACAAAAUGAGGUUGCUGAUCAAGAAGCUCCAGAAGCUGAAGAAGAAGCGUCACCAGAAGAGGAAGUUGAAGAAGAAAAAGUAGAUCCAGAAGAAGACGGUGAUGACGAUGAAGAAGAAGAUGAUGAAGAUGAAGAUGAAGCAGAAUUAGAAGACCCAUUAGAUAAAUUACGUGAAGAAUGUGUAAAGACAAGUACAUGUAAGCCAUUUGAUCAUCAUUUCCACGAAUGUGUUGAAAGAGUUACAAAAGAAAUGCAAGAACCAGGUUAUGAACAUAAGCACUACAAGGAAGAUUGUGUUGAAGAAUUUUUCCACUUAGAACAUUGUGUGAAUGAUUGUGUAGCACCAAGAUUAUUUAGUAAAUUGAAAUAG